AAAAGUUUAAUCACAUAUUGCUUUCAUUACAUGAAAGUUGAAACUUUGCCAUAGGAAGCAUAUUUCAUACACAAAAUUUUCAAUAAAUGCAUUUCCCUUUCAUUAAUCUUCUAGCACAAGCAAGAACUUGGUUCUCCUUUUUAUUAAUCUCUUUGGUUUUCAUCAAUGGCUACAAAGCUGAGGUUAUGAGUGGAGACACCAAAGUUAUACCUAUAGGUGCAAUAAUUGAUAUUAAUUCUAGAGUUGGGAAAGAACAAAGAGUAGCCAUGGAUAUUGCUGCUCAAAAUUACAAUGAUAUUUCAAAUACCUCCAAGCUUGCUCUCUAUUUUCAGGAACCAACAAAGGAUUCCUUCAAAGCCACUUCUCUUGCUGAAGAGAUGAUCAAAAAGCAGAAAGUGGAAGUGAUUGUAGGAAUGCAAACAUGGACAGAAGCAGCUUCGGUGGCUGAAUUAGUACAUGAAACUCAAGUUGAAGUUCCGAUUAUAUCGUUUGUAGCACCUGCAAUUACUCCACCAUUGAUGGAGAUUCGAUGGCCGUCUUUAGUGAGACUCGCUAACAAUGGAACAGCAUAUGUAAAAUGCAUUGCUGAUUUGGUUCAUGUUUACAAUUGGCAUAGUGUAAUAGCCAUCUAUGAAGAUGAUGCCUAUGGUGGUGAUUCUGGGAUGCUAGCACUUCUAUCCGAGGCUCUCCAAGAUGUUGGUUCGAUGGUUGAAUAUCAUUUAGCUUUGCCGUCAUUAGCAUAUCUGCCUAAUCCAGGAGAGUUUAUUCGUAAAGAGCUGUUUAAGAUAACAGAAAACACACAAUCUCGAGUAUUCAUUGUAUUGCAAUCAUCAUUAGAAUUGGGGAUUCAUUUGUUUAAGGAAGCUUCACAAAUGGGACUAGUGGAUAGAGAUUCGGUUUGGAUGAUCCCCGAGAGCAUAACUAAUUUGUUGGAUUCUGUCAAUAAGUCAAGUAUUUCUUAUAUGGAGGGAGCUUUAGGAAUCAAAACCUACUACUCAGAAAACAGCAAUGAGUAUACAAAAUUUGAGGAUCAGUUCAGAAGAGCUUUUCGCGACAAGAAUCCCGAGGAAGAUAACCGCGACCCAGGAUUUUACUCUUUGCAAGCAUAUGAUAGCAUUCAAAUAAUUGGAAAUGCAAUAGACAGGAUAGCUAGUGACAAAAAGACUUUACUACAGGAAAUAGUGUCCAGCAAUUUUCUUGGUUUAAGUGGAAAAAUUAAAUUUGAAUCAAAACAGCUUUUGCAGAAUCCUACCUUGAGGAUUGUAAAUGUAGAUGGGAAGAGUUACAGAGAAUUAGACUUAUGGACUCUUGAAAAUGGAUUCUUCACUAACAUCUCCACAAAAGAAGCUAAAAAUGGUGCUUCUAGGAACUCAGAAAGUUUAAGUGGUCCAGUAAUUUGGCCAGGAAAGUUGCUUAGAGUUCCAAAGGGAUGGAACCUACCAACUAAACAAAAACCAUUGAGAAUUGCAGUCCCUGGAAGAACUGCAUUUUCCAAAUUUGUCAAGGUUGAUUAUGAUGCUCAAGGAAAUCCAAAAUAUAGUGGAUUUUGCAUUGAUAUUUUUGACAAGGUGUUGGAAAUUUUGGGGUAUGAUCUUCCUUAUGAAUAUUGUCCCGUCAAUGGAACAUAUCCUGAUCUGGUUCAACUUGUUUAUAACAAGACUUAUGACGGUGUUGUUGGCGACAUGACCGUACUGGCAGAGAGAAUGGAAUUUGUAGAUUUUACCGUGCCAUAUGCAGAAUCAGGAUUGUCCAUGAUAGUUACUGAAAAGUCCCUAGAAUCAGCAUGGAUGUUUAUGAAGCCCUUCACCUGGCAAAUGUGGGCGGUAACCGGGGCCAUCUUGACUUAUACAAUGUUAGUAGUGUGGUACCUGGAGAAGGAAGACAAUGAAGAGUUUCAAGGCAAUUGGAAAAACCAAAUCACCACUUCUUUUUGGUUUACUUUCUCCUCACUAUUCUUUGCUCAUAGGGAGAAAAUGCAUAGCAAUUUAUCUCGCAUAGUGAUGGUAUCGUGGCUGUUUCUAGUUUUGAUUCUUAAUUCAAGCUACACUGCGAGUCUUUCUUCAAUGCUCACAGUUCAACAGCUGCAUGCAAAUGUCACCGACAUUGAGUGGCUGAAGAAGAACGACAUGAAAAUUGGUUGUGAUGGAGAUUCGUUUGUUAGGACAUACCUAGAGGAAGUAGAAAAAUUCAAACCAGGGAACAUUGUCAACAUUAGUAAUGAAAACAAUUAUGACCCUGAAUUCAAAAAUUACUCGAUUGCUGCAGCUUUUCUCGAACUCCCUUAUGAAAAAGUAUACAUCAGUAAAUACUGCAAGGGGUACACUGCUUCUACACCUACCACCAGAUUUGGAGGACUUGGAUUUAUGUUCCAGAAAGGCUCCCCCUUGGCCAGAGAUGUUUCUAAAGCUAUUUUGGAGCUCUUACAAAAGGGAGAAUUGAAGAAAUUAGAAGAUAUAUGGUUGAAUCCCAAAGAUGUGUGCUCCAACAAUUUGAAUUCCAAUACUACAGAAAGUUUGAAGCUGGGAAGUUUCUGGAUUCUCUAUGUGAUUUCUGGUGCCACAUCUACUAUUUGUUUUCUAGUCUCUACUAUCCAUUCCCUAAAAUCUAGUCAAACACUAAAUGAUGAUGCACAAGAAAGUAAUGGCUCCCCAAAUGAUGUGAGCAGAUGGAAAAGGGUGGUUAAAUUAACUAGGAAGAUUUGUAGCAGAAAGCAUAAAACAAGCAAAGUAAAGGAAGAUGUUACUGAUUCUUCCUCCAGUUGUGAUUGCAUGAGUACUCCUGAGCAUCAGCAGGAAAUGGCUCUUCAAUUACCAGAAAUCAUAACAGUCUCUUCCCCACCAACACAGUUGUAAAUAACAAUACCUGAUCAACUAGGAAAAGAUAACCAACAAUGAGUUUUUCAUCCAAUAAUAGAUCUAGGAUGAAAACUAAAAAAGGAAGCAUGUGUGUAAAUAGUAUUAUUUUAUUUAUUAUCCUGCUUCUAAUCCUUGGACAAGUCUUUUUAAGGAUUCAAAAUCAUUAGGAAAUCAUCACCAAUUCUUGUGACUCCUGUAAAUUGCUUACUGUAAUAGUAGAGCGCGAACGCAUUAAGCUUAACGCUGUUAGGGUACACUUGUAUAAAGAAAUUACUCUGUCAACUUCAUAUUGCUUUUUCUAUUUUGAAACACUAUUUCAUUUCGUAAUUCUUUAUGUGGGCGACAUUCUACAAAUCAGAAAUGGCCUUCAUAUAAAUUUA